AUGUCUGCUCCAAAGAAGCAGGCCACAUUGGGCCGAUUCUUCACUGCGCUGAAGAGGCCUCAAGAUGGAGCGACGGCAGCAGCGACGGUCAAGAAAUCGAAGGUAGAGGCUGCCGAGUGCCUAGCGGCACCGGCAGGCCAUGAACAGGACGCCGAGGUGAAGAACAGCCUCCCCGAGCUUGCAGAUAAGCCCGCGCCGGGGGGGGUGCUGCCACAGGCUGCCAGCGCCGUGCCACGCGCACAAAGUUCUCCGGUUAAGCCUGCAGCAAGCACCAGCGUGAUGUAUGCAGACCUGUGCGCUGUGUUUGAAGCUGUGGAGGCUACUUCUUCGAGGCUGUCGAUCACCAAGUUAUGCGCGGACUUCAUGUAUAGCGUGCUAAAGUGCGACCCAGGGCACUUGAUCCCGGUGACAUACUUGUUCAUCAACCGGCUGGGUCCCGACUACGAGCCUGGGCUAGAGCUGGGACUGGGCGAGGGCAUACUCAUCAAAACCAUCAGCGAUGCAUGUGGCAAGUCUGCGGCUCAAGUGCGAAGCAGCUACCGCGAGUGCGGCGACCUGGGCACCGUCGCGCAACAGGCGCGUGUGGUACAGCCGACGAUGUUCAAGCCAAAGCCUCUCACCGUGAGGGACGUUUUCAGCACGCUUCAGGCAAUUGCACAGGCAGAGGGUAAGGACUCGCAAGGCAAGAAGAUUCGCCUUAUCAAGAAAAUGCUGACGGCCUGCCAAGGAAUGGAGGCGAAGUACCUUAUCAGGUCGCUAGAAUCGAAACUGCGUAUCGGACUAGCGGAAAAAACUGUCCUUGUAGCGCUUUCGAAAGCCAUCCUGACUCAUGAGCACGAUGGAAAGGAGCCAUCUCCGGAACAAGUUGAUGCCGCAGAGGCGCUUGUCCGUGACACUUUCUGUCAGGUCCCUAACUAUGAGAUGAUAAUCAACGCUGCGCUGCAAUACGGUAUAAUGAAUCUUCCGCAGCACUGCGUGCUUACACCAGGCAUUCCUCUGAAACCCAUGUUAGCGAAACCUACGAAGUCGAUCACUGAGGUUCUUGAUCGGUUCCAGGGCCAGCGCUUCACUUGUGAAUACAAGUACGACGGAGAGCGCGCUCAGGUUCAUCUGAUGGAGGACGGUACCAUACGGAUAUACUCGCGCAAUAGUGAAAACAUGACCGAGCGUUAUCCCGAGAUACAAUUUCACCAAUUUCUGGCUAACCCACAGACUACACGCAGUCUCAUCAUAGACUGCGAGGCUGUAGCCUGGGACAAUGAGAAACAAAAGAUUCUGCCUUUCCAGGUGCUCAGCACACGGAAACGGAAAGGCGUAGAGCUUAAGGAUGUCAAGGUGCGCGUGUGCCUCUUUGCGUUUGACUUGCUUUAUCUGAACGGCGAGUCUCUGUUGAAGUGUUCGUUAGCUGACCGCCGGAAACAUUUAUAUUCUGUGCUAAAGGUGGUGCCAGGCGAGCUGCAGUUUGCGAACGAAAUCACAACGAUGGAGCUCAGCGAGCUGCAGACGUAUCUUGAACAAUCUGUAAGCGCCUCAUGCGAAGGGUUGAUGGUCAAGAUGUUGGAUGGAGAGGAGUCUCAGUACGAGCCCAGCAAGCGCUCGCGAAACUGGCUCAAACUGAAGAAGGACUAUCUAGAGGGCGUCGGAGAUUCCCUCGAUCUCGCAGUUCUAGGUGCAUACUAUGGACGCGGGAAGCGUACUGGCACCUACGGCGGCUUUCUGCUGGGCUGCUAUAAUCCAGACCUUGAGGAGUUUGAGACAUGCUGCAAAAUUGGCACCGGUUUCAGCGAGGAGGUCCUCCAAUCCCUACAUGCGCAGCUCAAGGACACCGUGAUAGCUGCCCCCCGCGGCGACGUCUCUUACGACGAUUCAAGCCCACCAGAUGUCUGGUUCGAGCCGGCAAUGCUUUUUGAGGUCCUCACUGCUGACCUCUCUCUCUCGCCCGUAUACAAAGCCGGUCGUGACGUCUAUGGAAAGGGAAUCUCGUUGCGCUUCCCCCGUUUUCUGCGGAUCCGCGAAGACAAGAGCGUCACCGAUGCCACCAGUUCCGACCAGAUUGUGGAGUUCUACCAGAGGCAAGCAAACUCUUCUGGCUAG